AUGGCGACAUCUACCUCUCCGAACUAUCAUUCUUCAAUAUUGAUUGUCGGGGCAGGAACAUGGGGUUGCUCGACAGCGUUGCAUCUAGCCAGACGAGGCCACAGGGAUAUCACCGUCCUUGAUGCAUAUGAUCUUCCAUCGCCAAUAUCAGCCGGCAACGACAUCAACAAAAUCGUUGAGCAAGGUUCCUUUGAUUCCAACCCGGACGACGACAGUGCCUUUGUGUCCCAACAACUCCUUCACCUCGCGAGUCAAGGCUGGACAUCCGACCCCGUCUUCAUGCCCUACUACCACGACACGGGCUACAUAAUCUGUGCUCACACUCCCGACGGCCUCGAACAACUUAUUAAACGCGAAAUGCUUGACCAACAAGCAGAUAUUGAGUGGCUGGAAACACCAGAAGCGUUCCGCGCCGCCAUGCCAAAAGGAGUCCUCACUGGUGAUUUCCCCGGCUGGAAAGGAGGCUUCAAACGCACGGGAGCCGGAUGGGUCUUCGCACGAGGUGCUCUAAGCGCUGCAUUCAUAGAAGCAGAACGCCUGGGAGUGAAGUUUAUUACCGCAGACGGCACAACUCACUUGGCGGAGACCACGAUCCUCGCAGCCGGGGCCCAAGCUUCUGCUCUCCUGGACAUGAAAGACCAGCUCCGACCUACAGCCUGGACACUGUCACACAUCAAAAUGACUGCAGAAGAAUGCGAGCUUUACACGAACCUCCCGGUGCUCUUUAAUAUCGAGUCUGGAUUCUUCAUGGAGCCUGACGCGGAAAACCACGAGCUGAAAAUAUGUGACGAGCAUCCUGGAUACUGCAACUGGGUCACGACUCCAUCUGGCACCAAGUCCAGCGUCCCGUUUGCGAAACACCAGGUUCCUCUCGAAGCGGAGACUCGUGUCAGAGAUUUCUUGCGAGAUACGAUGCCUCAGCUUUCAGAGAGGCCGUUCUCUUUCGCGAGGAUUUGCUGGUGUGCAGAUACACCGGAUCGCAACUUUCUUAUUGAUAGGCAUCCCGAGUUUAAGAGUUUGGUGUUGGCUGUUGGAGGAAGUGGCCAUGGCUUCAUGCAUAUCACCAGUGUUGGGGGGUAUGUUGCUGAUGUUUUGGAGGGGAAGAUGCCCGAGACCGCUAUUGGGAGGAAUUGGAGUGAUGUCCAGGGUCGACGAGGGGGGCCGAAUCGAGUCAUGGAUUUCCAGGAGGUGAAAGAAUGGACGAGGAUUGAAGAGAGGUAG